AUGUCUUAUCCACCAGCAGUGGUAGAGAUCAGUGAUGAUGAACAAGAUGAAGACGGAAAUGGAGGUCUCAGUUCAUCAUCUGUUGUCACGAAAGAUGAUAAACGCGCGUUGCGUAAGGCACUCGACUCAAUUGAAUCGACCGGUGAUAUCGCAACCUCUUGUCACUAUACCAUGUUUGUGAAUCCUGGUCUCACUAUUGAGGGUGGUAGUCUCAUUCCUCUGCCACUCAAAAAAGACGAUGCGCAAACCAUCAAGAGUGUGUGCCGACAGGCACCUUUCGGUCAUGGCGACAAGACUCUCGUGGACACUUCGGUACGCAACACAUGGGAGCUCGAUGCGUCGAAAUUCGAGCUAGGAAACCCCGAAUGGCUCAAUUUUUUUGAUAAGAUGGUCCAGGAUACUGCCGUUGGGCUUGGCUUGAAUGAAGUCCUUGCUAAACCACACAAAUUGCUGCUCUAUGAGCCUGGUUCAUUCUUCAAGCCGCAUAAGGAUUCAGAAAAGGAACAGGGUAUGGUCGGAACACUCAUCAUCUGUCUUCCUUCCCAGCAUGAGGGUGGUGAUGUGCACCUAUCGUUUGGCUCCCAAUUUAAACACUUUUCUACUGCUCCUGCUUCCAAAUUUGACCUUACCUCAAUCUCUUGGUUCUCGGAUGUGACGCAUGAGGUCACAAAAUUAACAUCUGGUUACCGACUUGUCCUUACAUACAAACUGUUCAUUCGCGGGAACAGCUUUAUUUCGGCUUCUACUGCCCGAGAUAAAACUGAACAUCUAAGGGCUUUGUUGGACAAGUGGAAAUCCCAAUCCUGGCAGCCCGACCGAAUCAUAUAUCCCCUUAGUCAUCUUUACACAAAGACGAGCAUAUGCUUGGCAAAUAUGAAGGGUCGUGAUCGGGGCGUCACUCACUCUUUAAACAAGAUAUGUUCCGAGAUUGGAUUCUAUUUCAUGCUGGCACAUGCGACCCAUGUCCGCACCGGAGGCGAUGACUAUGGUGACUACGACGAGGAAUCGGAAGAAUACACGAAUCUCACAUCUGUGUAUACUCCUUUGGGGGUUCAGGUUGCCUCAGAUGUCACCAUUGGUGAUAAUGAAAUCCUGGGGUAUAACAUCAAUAAAGAGGAACCCGACAGCGAAGAUGAGGGCGAAUUCACCGGCAACGAAAACAUGGCGCCUACAUUCCGUUAUCACAAAACCGUCGUUGUUCUUGUACUGAAGGACCGUCUUCGGAAGUAUCUCGAAAAGUUUGUUGGGUUCACUGUUUCAGCUCAAAAAUCCCAAAAUGACCACUUGACCGAAAUGGUUCUCCAAGAUCUUGCCAACAAUCGAGACGAUGCCUAUACGGAGCAGGCGGCCGCAGGUUUUGUGGACAACGUCCUACGUUGCAGCACAGAACCCCAAGAACAAACUGUCAGACUCAUAUCGAAGUGGGCAUUGGAACUUGACAGCAUAGCAAUGUUCCGUACUUGCGUUCAAGCUACAUACGCGCCUUUGGGCCCCCGAGCGCCAACUGGUGAUAGAUGCCCUCAUUAUGUGUAUGCAAAGGCUGUCAGCGAUGAACUUUCAAGUCACCUCAGAGCACACUAUGAUGGCAAGGAAUAUACCAUUGAUUGGGACUACUGGCUCAAAGAUCUUGUCCAGGCUAAUAACAAAGCCACGGAAUUCGAUGCCUUUUGUACUAUCUUCAAGUCUUCUGCAAGGCAUGAGCCCCUGGUUGAGAGUUUUGCAGCAUGGGCAGUUCCCAUUGGCGACAAAAAGCUGGCAUCUCAAACCAUAUGGACUUUGUCGGAUGAGAAAUACCUUUUCCGUGUUCUUAUAACACGCAAUGCGGAUAGCGAGUGGGUGUUGCAGAGCUUUCUUCCGACAGUUGUGCCACGUUUCCAUAGAUCUCUCGUUUGGACCUUCUUGCGUGGUAUCACUGCAGGGCGUUUUGGACCUUUUGAAAAUUCUAAGGAGCUCUACAAGUGCAUUAUCGAACAUGGAAAAGAAGAUCUGAGCCUCUACGGAAGCAUUGGGAUUGUUGGAGCAAAGCUGCCAGAGGCUUAUUGA